ACUCAAAUAUCAUACGCAUCUACUGAUGGAGAAUCCGAGAAUUGUUCUUAUCACCCUCGUCAUCUCCAUCCUCCUCCAUGGGGCACAAUCAUCUAUAUUCACGAUCAAGAACAACUGCAAGUUCACAAUUUGGCCCGCGACCCUAACUGGUUCAGGCGCUCCAUUGUCCUCAACCGGGUUCGAGUUACCCACAGGCGCAUCAAACUCCCUAAGCGUCACAGCCCCAUGGUCCGGCCGCAUAUGGGCUCGAUCCGGAUGCACAAACUCUGACGGAAAAUUCAAGUGCGCCACCGGUGACUGCACCUCCAAUCAGGUCACGUGCAACGGCUUAGGCGGAAUCCCACCGGCAUCCCUUGUGGAAUUCUACAUUGCGGCUAACAACGGACAAGACUUUUACGACGUUAGCCUCGUGGACGGGUUUAAUCUACCCUUGUCCAUAACACCACAAGGCGGAGAUCAGGGUUGUAGCAGCAGCAGCUGCCCUGCGGAUAUUAAUAAAGUUUGUCCGCCGGAGUUGCAAGCUGUGGUGGGAACGGUCGUGGGGUGCAAGAGCGCGUGCGUGGCACUUAAUCAGCCUCAGUUUUGUUGCACCGGUGCAUUUGGGUCGCCGGAAACGUGCCCGCCCACCCAGUAUUCACAGAUUUUCAAGAGCCAAUGCCCUCAGGCCUAUAGCUACGCUUAUGAUGAUAAGACCAGUACAUUUACAUGCACUGGUGGAGCUAAUUACCUUAUCACAUUCUGCCCUUGAAGCCGUGAUACCAUUUCCUGGGUCACAGAAUAAUCAACGGAAACAUAACAUAUCCGUGUUUUCUUUUUUAACUCAAAAUACAAGAACGUUGGGCUAGCUAGUUCUUUUUCUUGGGUUUGAGAUUCGCUUAAGAUUUUAGUUCUCAUAUAUUAUGUCAUCAAUCAGAUCUACAACAAAUAUAUAUUUGGAAAGGAUCGCACCCGGCCCUUGCGAACUAAU